GAAGGUUCAUUAACGUCCGACUUGACUAUCAACUUUAAAAUUUCUCUCUUAAACUUUUUAAAUUAAAUCAUUUUAUCACCCCAGGAUUCAUCCAAAUUAUCCUUUGAAACUUUUUAAGACACCUCAAGACACCUUUCAAGUUUUAAUAUUGAACAUUUCGUGUUCCCCCCACUAACGCACGUCUCGCUCCAAAUAAAAUUUCAUCUCAGCUGAUUACUGUCAAGCUCUUAAAAGAAUCUGUCGUCUGUCGCUUCUGUUCAUGUUGCGUUUGUAUGACUAAUUUAAUAUAAGUAAUUUUAAACAAGUCUUUCCAUUGUGCAGUUUGUGUUUGAUUGUCAGGCUGAAAGAUAUGUCUUCAUACAAGGUUGAAGUUGUUGAGUCGUCGCCGGUGUCUGUGUUGGGAGAAGGCCCCCACUGGGAUGUCGAGAGACAAUCUCUUUAUUAUAACGAUAUCUAUGGUGACAAACAAUCGAUAUCUCGCUACGACUACAAUGAAGAAAAAACGUAUAACGCAUUAAUACCGGGCCACCCUGUAAUAUCAUUCAUAAUCCCAGUCGAUGGAACGAAAGAUCAAUUCAUUGUUGGUUCGGGAAAAAAAAUCGUCCUGAUUCAAUGGGAUGGAAAAAGCGUAGAAGCGAAAGCCGUGAAAACCAUCGGUGAAGUUGAAAGCGACAUGCCUGAAAAUCGUUUCAACGACGCUAAAUGUGAUGCUUUCGGUCGUUUUUACGGAGGUACAAUGAGAAUUGAGCUUGAGCAUGACAUUUUUGAGAAGCGUCUUGGGACGUUUUAUCGCUAUACGAAUAAGGAAAAGUUCGUGCCAUUAAAGAAUCAAAUUGGUGUCUCCAAUGGCUUAACAUGGAAUAAAGAAGCCAACAAGUUCUACUAUAUCGAUUCAUGUGAUUUAGAUGUGAAGGAAUUUGACUUCGAUUCAAAAACCGGAAACAUUUCCAAUGAACGUGUCGUUAUUGACUUUACUGUCAAUGGAAAUCGCCCGAACUUUGUGCCCGAUGGCAUGACAAUCGAUACGAAUGGUUCGUUAUAUGUUGCCACUUUUGGAGCAUCAAAAAUUUAUAAAAUAAAUCCAACUACAUGUGCUAUCGAACUGGAGAUUAAUUUUCCUGCAGAACAAAUAACAUCAGCUGCAUUUGGUGGACCCAAUUUGGAUAUUUUAUACGUAACAACAUCUGGAAAAGAAUUUAAGUCAAAGCAACCACCACCAGCAGGAAGACUUUUCAGAGUCACUGGACUUGGAGUUAAAGGCUUCCCAAUGACUAGCGUCAAGUUGAAUUGAGUAACGAACUUGUUGAAAUUUUAACGAACAAAUAAAUCGUUGUGAAGCUUUUGUUUCAAAAAAUAAUGAAUUAAAAAUGUUUUUUAAAACAAAACUUCAAACCGUGCUGCUGCAAACAAUAAACAUUUCCAACAUAAUUGUUUCCUUUUUUGCGACAAGCACAGGAUGCAAAUAAAUAAAUGCUUCUUCCUG